AUGUCUCUUCAGAAUACUCGAAUACUAUUCGUAAAGAGGCCUUCUGGCCUAUUUGACCCAAGUGAAACCUUUAAAAUUGUAAAAGAACCAGUACCAUCGCAAAAUGAUUUGUCUACUGGACAAAUUUUAGUAAAGAAUUAUUAUUUGUCUUUGGAUCCAGCGAUGCGUGGAAUUAUGAAUGACGCUAGAAGUUAUACUCCUCCCCUUGCUAUAAAUGAAUUGAUGCGUGGUAACACUGUUGGUGAGGUUGUUAUAUCAAAAAAUUCUAAGUUCAAAGUCGGUGAUAAGGUUGAGGGGUUCUUAGGUUGGCAAAAAUAUGCUGUCAGUGACGGAAAGAAUGUUACUAAAAUUGAUCCACCACCUAAGGCUUCCCUUCGUGAUUACCUCGGUUUGUUUGGUAUAACCGGUUUGACCGCAUAUUUUGGACUAUUAUACGGUAAAGUGAAAGCUGGUGAAACUGUUGUUGUUUCUGGUGCUGCUGGUGCAACAGGAAGUGUGACUGGCCAAAUUGCAAAACUAAAAGGGGCAAGAGUAAUAGGCAUAGCUGGUACUCCUGAAAAAUGUGCUUGGCUAGUAAAUGAAUUAGGUUUCGACGUUGCCUUAAAUUAUCGCGAUCCCGAUUUCUCUAAACAGCUAACCAAAGCAACACCGAAUUAUAUUGAUGUAUACUUUGAUAAUGUAGGCGGUGACAUAUUAAAUCUUUGUUUAAAAAGGUUAGCAAAGUAUGCCCGAAUAGUAUUGUGUGGAGCUAUCAGUCAAUAUAACGAAAAGCAACCGAAAGGACCUUCUAAUUAUGUUGCUCUGAUUUCUCAAAGCGGUAGGAUGGAAGGAUUUAUUGUCUAUAAUUACAACGAUCGAUUCCAGGAAGCAAUAUCUGAUCUCUCAAAGUGGUUGCAACAAGGAAAACUUAAAAGAAGAGAUUAUGUAGUUGAGGGGUUGGAAAAUGCACCCCAAGCAUUAUUAAGAUUAUUUAAGGGUGAAAAUACUG